GGGCCUAGCGCAGUGUUGUGAGCCUGGCCCGAGAAUCAUGGCCGAAGUUGAGAAGCGGGAAUCGGGAGGGAUGAAACCGGGGUCUCACCGUCCGCAGGCUUGGUCGGAGCUACUGAAAGACAUCCUGGGAGAGUUCGAGCGCUGUGUCGGGAAGCUUACAUUGAACGAUGAUGCUGUGAAUUUUAGCAUUAACUGGGAAAACCUUCAGGGCCGGCAGGAUUUGAAGCCAUCAAUCCUUUGCUCUGCUCUUCAACAGCACAUCACAGAUUUGCAACCACUUGUAGAUAAAUUAAAAACCCUUGUGGAUGUGGAAAGUAAGAAGACUGCUGAAGUGGAAACCAUAGGAGAGCUAUCCCUCGAAUCCAGUGCUAUGGACCAUAAAUCCGAAAGUUUGGAGAGCUCUGGAAAGACCGUGUCAAAACCUAGUCCAAUUAAUAGAAACAGCAGCAGUUUAUCUGAUCCUUCAGUCGUCCAGAUAAAGGCAAAAAAAUCAGAAAUCGACAGAAGAAUAUUGGCAUUCAUCGAGAGAAAGCAAGCAGAGAUCAAUGAAAACAACGUCCGGGAGUUCUGCAAUGUUAUUGAUUGUAAUCAAGAGAACAGCUGUGCCAGAACAGAUGCAGUUUUUACCCCAUACCCUGGAUUCAAGAGUCACAUUAAAGUCUCCAGGGUUGUAAAUACAUACGGACCUCAAACCAGAAACGAUGGUACAACAGGUUCCAGCUCAAGAACGAAUCCACUUCAGCAUGAAUGCAGUAAUCAAGCUGUGGAUGAAAGACUUCAGAAUAUUGAAUGCCACCUACGAUUAAAGCCUGGGGGUCCAGUGCCAACAGAUAUUUAUCAGAGGAUUAAAAAGCUAGAGGACAAAAUCCUGGAGUUAGAAGGCAUUUCACCAGAGUACUUUCAGUCUAUGGAUGUCCCUAAUAAAAGGAAAAAGUCUCAGACAGCACAGAAUUAUUCCUUGUCAGAACUUGAUCAGAAGAUUAAUGCAUUGAGGCAUUCUUUACUGCAGAAGAGCAAAAGAGGAAUCGGCUCAGAAGCACACAGUAUACCCUCAUGACCAUUGCAACAAAUCUUGUUUGAUAGGCAAUAGCUCAGAUAUAAAAAUCUGGUUAAACAAUUCAGAUUGUUAUUAUAAGUACUUUAUUAUGUCUGUGCUUCAAUAUAACAAGUCAAGUUAUAUAUUGAUACCAACCAUUGAACUAAAGGACGAUCAAUCUAUGGCUUUCCUGCUAUAACUAGACUAGCAAUCAUUCUUGGCCGUCUCAUGCUAGUUACAGAGCAAGGAAAUUGUAAUCACUGACAGUGAGAAAAGCAGCUUGAGGCCAUGGUUGAUGGAGAACCCUGGUAUGAGGUAUAACUAGUGCAGUAUUAAAAUAUCCUUUGUCUUUCUCUCUUCAUCAUGUCUAUAGCCUUUACUUUUCAUUGUUUCUUGAGCUGUAACUGAAGUUGUCCUCUAUCUUUACUGCCAUUUUUUAUUCCAUAUAACGGUGAACUGUGUCGUAUGUAAUCUGUCCUCUCACUAGAGGGAUGACAAAUUAGUCUAGAAAGAAGGUGCUGUCAUUACUCAUAUAAAGGUUGCAAGGACUCCAAACAGCUUAGUGCUCUAAAGCAAUCCUUGAAGUCCUCACAUUUUUGUUAACCUACAGCUCUUGGUUUUUACCCCUAUAGCCACUAAUGCCGAAGCUGUGCAUGUUUGUGCUGAUAACAUACUUGGAAACACUAAAACUAAACAGCACCUACCAGUUGUGGAAGGAAUCCGGGUACGCCCAGACUUGUAAACAUUCAGAAGUAAUAAAACAAAUUCCAGCACAUCCUUAUGAAGCAGUGUCCCUCUAUUUAGGUAAACAAAGACUACAUUUUGACUGUUGCAAUAGUCUUUAUCAAGUUUAAUGAAGACUGCUGCAUUUAAAUGUUACACUUGUACACUUUUGGAACCUAAAUAAAGGGACAUUGCUUCAUAAGGAUGUGCUGGGACUACUCACUGGGGAAAGCUGCUUUCCCCUGUAUAAUCAGUAUAUAAUCAGUAAAAAGGACGGCGAAGCACAGGUGAAAAAGUUAAAGGUCGAAGUCACAAAACCAGGUCUGCUUCCUAGUACCGUAAUCACUACAAUAGGCUGUGGUGCUUAUAUUGUCUCCAAUAUGUGAAUCCAUGAAUUUAUACCACGUGUUCUAGUUUCCCUGCUUUGUUUGUAUCUUGUAAAGCUUUGUAAGUUUUAGACCUGCUAUGGAAACCAUGAAGGCUAGACAUUCCAUGUUUUAUAUAUCAUUAGAUGCUUAAUGGUUAGGGUAAGGUAUGUUUUUGCACGUAUUUUUCAAAACCAUGUUAAAAAUUAAAAUAAAUCAUUAAUAAAAAGAAUGUACAUG